AUGGGCGACGGUUUAAAGUUAUCUAAAGAUAAGCGCCAUAGGAGCUCCAGCAGUAUUGCUGCAGUGGUCUUAGAAGGAACGCGCUCCGAAAGGAAAUUGGACAUCAGGGCUUCGAUACCUGAAGUCGACGAUCAAUUCGCAUUAGCUGAAGCGCGAUGCGAUGACUUACAACAAAAGAUAGACUUAGUUAAAGGCUUAAAGCGAAAAAGGAAAUUAAAGAAAAGAAGUAUGACUCGAGUUAAUGAACCCCCGCCGCCAGAAACCAUCCCGUUAAUUACCGUACGUACGAAGCCGAAACAAAAAGUACUGCAGCAGGCGGUGCGCAUGCGCCGGCUGGAGAUGCCUUCGAACCCCACCCGCAGUUACCUGGACCCCGCCACACUUGAGCAACACCGCAUGCUGGGGCAGGUGCGCGGCUUCCCGCGGGACUUGAAGCCUCCGUUACCAGAAGAACAAAAUACGCUGUCUAAACCAAGACCUCGCCGAGCCCGUGCCGAUGGUGACAGUAUAGUACGUCUGGGAGCGCAGGUGGCUAACGCAGAGGUCGCCUGCGGGGACGACGAGAUCGUCGGCAGCUCUGACCAUGACUACAAUCUUCGUCACGUCGAAGAGUAUACGAUGCCAGUCACCAAACCACCCCGAGUUGGGUACUCGCGACAGCUGCAGAAAACCAUACCAGUCAACCACAGGAGACACGUGCCCAGGGAUACUCCGUUCAAAGAUGUGAGUAACAGUAUCGCGGAGCCAGCGCACAACGUGAACGUGUCUCGUACGUUAGCGGCGCCAGUCAUCAACCGCCGUCGCGCGACGAACGCGCCGAAACAACAAGCAGUGGCUCCAGUGCAGCACGAAGAGCGCCCUGUCGUGGAACUGUUUAACAAGAAUCGCUCUGUCCACUCCGUUCAAUCUGGUGACUUGAACAAACGUCAUAAUAAUGUCUCCGAAAAGGGGAACAAAGCUCGUGAGAUAAAUAUGUACGACCAGAGCGUAGACCUAGAGGAGGACGAUGCGUUAAAUGAAACGAAAGAUAAGGAACGGCGGCAGUCGCGUCGGGUGAAGUACCGCAGCCGCCGGUACGAGCUGCCGACGGUGGCCUCGCAGAUGAAACAGGCCGGCACCCGCUACUCACCCGGCCAUGCCAACCACACCAACAUCCCCUUCAUCAUCAGUAAGAGCACCGCGCCCUCACACAACAUCGGCGUUAAUAUUCAGCAGGUUUUGAAUGGACUCAAAAUACAGCAGCCGUUAUCUGGUAUACCUCUAACUAUUGCAUAUCACAUGGGAUUGGGACAUAUUCCCACUUACGAAACAAAGAACGUGGUAAGUACCUAAAUACUUAAACUUUAGAACCCUGUCGCACUAUCAUAUUUGAUAUUUAAUGAGACACGAUUUAAUUUUGCCCGGCCAUCGCUGGACAACCGCGAGAUCAACGCCAUCCGACUGGGCCGGCGGCUGUUGCGACUGCCUUCGUACAAGUACAUGUCGUAUAAUCGGUUCUUGAGUCUGUACCGCGAGAGCGACGGACUCGUGUCACGCUUCCUGCGAGCCAUCAGUCGCCCGCACUAUUUCUACACCUCAAUGUACAACAGUCUUGCGACGCGAGAUGACUUCGAUGCUGGUGGUUGGUCGAAGGGGCGUAUAAACAACCAGGAAGCGAAGCAAAGUCUGGCUGAAUACGCGAGCCUGUACCGCGAAUACGAGCAGGUGGACAAGCGACUGAAAGAAGGCUAUGAUCCUGAGCUGGAGCGGCGUAAAGAUGAGCUCGCGCGGGAACUGGCUGUCCGCGAAGAUCACAUUCGUAGGGUGGUGCAAGAGUACAGGCCAGGCCCGGAGCCGGAGCAGACGCCGCUGCGCGCGUCGGCGUCAACAGCGGAGGACGCGUACCGAUACUCUACCCUGAAGCUGAACGUGGGGGACGCGCCGCAGUAGCGCCGCUCGUUCGAAGACUAAAUUCCGUGUGGCACCCGGCCGAGGCGCGCGGGCGCGGGCCCGACCGCUCCUCAGGGGCACACCACCCGGGCCCACAAGCAUCGCCCGGCGCACCCCCGCCCCGUCUACCCCAUCA